CAGGAGUUUAUGUACCCCCGCAACUCGCUAUCCCGCGACCUUGUCCUUUCUAUGCACCAGAAUAACCGGGAAGGGGUGGAAGACAUGUCCUUGUUGUCUGACCUACAUGAAGCUGCCAUCAUGUUAAAUCUGCACCUUCGCUACCAGCAAGACAAAAUCUACACCAAUAUUGGCUCCAUUCUGGCUUCGGUGAACCCCUACAAGCAGAUUGCUGGGUUGUACGAUGAAAGCGCCGUGGACAUGUACAGUCGGCACCACUUUGGGGAGCUGCCACCCCACAUCUUUGCCAUUGCCAACGAGUGUUAUCGCUGCCUGUGGAAGAGACAUGACAGUCAAUGCGUGCUCAUCAGUGGAGAGAGCGGGGCUGGCAAAACGGAGAGAGCACGAAGCUGCUGAUGAAAUUCCUGUCCUCCAUGAGCCAGAACUGCGCGGGAGGCGGAAAUCAGACAACCGUGGAAAAAGCCAUCAUGGAAAGCAGCCCAAUCCUCGAAGCUUUCGGCAAUGCCAAGACGGUUUAUAACAACAACUCCAGCCGUUUUGGGAAGUUCAUCCAACUUCACUUCUCCCAGCAAGGA